UAUUUUUUGAUAUUUUCUUCAAAAUAAUCUCUCAUUGUUAAUUUCCUCAAAUAUAACUUAUAAUCACAUUAAUAAUUUUAUUAUCACGUUAAUUGCAUCCGUCUUAGAUUAGCAUUCCGAGUAUCUUCAAAAACCAUCGAUGACGAAUAACUAAACAAAUAUUUUUUGGCAAAAAAAACAUGCAUAUGAUCAUAAUUAUAUAUUUUUGCUAACUGAAACCGGUAUUUUUUACCACUAUUUUCAAAACUAGUUGUAUUUUCACAUUGAAAAACAAAGAAUGCUAUGCAAAAAUUUAAAAAUUAAAUGCGUUUUGGCGUUUUUGGCCAGCACUCAGUUGCAUUUUACUUGUCGGAUAUUCAAGAACAAUGUUUGUGAAGGCAUUCUUCCUUGCCGUGGUGGUGAUUAUAGCCUUGUCUCCAGCAACAGAAUCAGCCGUCUUGAGGCAAUACAAUGUCUUUGUUAAUCGUGGCCUGCGUGAGGAAACCAUUUCCCUGGAAGAUGACAAGGAUUUGGUGAUUAAGGGUAAUCUGAUUCAAGUCCUACCCUUGCCAAAUAACAAAGAUUAUGCCAUAAAAUUGGAGAUCGAUUACGAUGGCACGAAAAAUGGCUAUCGGGCUCAUUAUAUUCUGACACGCGAAGAAGCUGUCGAGGUAUUGCGUCUGAGUCCAUCAUCGUUGAAGUCAAUUAGUGGUUAGAACGGUUGAUCAUUUUUUUAUUUUUAAUUCCAAAAUAAACACAAAUUUUUUGAAAGAGUACGGAAGUGAUGGGAUUUCUAUAAAUAAAUGGAAGAUAUAAGACGUUUCUAAGCCUCUAUGAAAGGGUUCUACGAAUAAAAAGUGUCUAAAAAGAGAUAUAUUUCAGGCAAGAAAUUAUAUUUCAAGAAAUAUUUGGGUGUGUAAA